GGGCUACCCAAAUCUUAGGCGAUUUAGGCGUGAGGGCUCGAAGCCCGUAUGUAUGUACUCCAUCUGUUUCCGCUUCCUCACGACAUCAUCUGUUUCCGCUUCCUCGCCUAAAUCUAGUUUAGGAGUAUCUGUCAGCAAACAAACACAUUCAUGAUUCAUCCAUAAACAAACACAUUCAUUCAUCCAUAAACAAAUACAUUCUUUCACGCGGAUCACAAUCUAACGGUUUGAAGAAGCUUUCGGAUCACCAUCUAACGGCCUAUACUCCAGUCGGAACUGCCUAAUCCGACUGGGAGGAAUCCUUUCCUUUUCAGCUUUAAUCCCGUGAGCAACCUUUUGUCCAAUUCAUCUCGUGAUAUUACCCCAAUUCAUCUCGUGAUAUCUAUUUUUUUUUAUAAAUAGAAUGUAAAUUUUACCCCAAUACUCCCUUACUACAUCAUUACUCAAUCUCAGUUUUUUCAAUCCCAAGCAAAUCAAAACUUUGGGAGCAGUCAAAUUUCCAGGAAUUUCAAAUGGAGCAAAACAUUCCGCGCCCAGGGCCUGUUACCUGUUCACUACUCACGUUGCCACUGCGUGCCCAUCGUGUGGACCGUGUAUGGUAUGAACCAGAUUCCGAAGACUUGUGCUUGAAAUGCGUCAAUUGCCAUUCAGCUGCAUUCGGAGAUGAACCGCGACAUGAAAGAGUGAUAGAUAUGUUAGCAUAUGCUGGGUUCUUGGGGGUAGAGCACAUUGCCCGUAUGAAGGUGGAUCAUAGUUUAAUAUGCGCUUUGGUGGAGAGAUAGAGGCCGGAGACACAUACUUUCCAUCUUCCUUUUGGUGAGGUCGGGAUUAGUGUACAAGAUGUGGCGAUGAUCCUUGGUUUGCCCAUUCGGGGUAUGCCCCUCAGUGGUCCAACCAUUAAGGGUAAGGCUCAGUGGAUCGACCUGUGCACACAGUCGUGUGGUUUCACUCCUCUAGAGACUGAUAUGCGCAGGAGUGAUAUCACCAUGAGUGCUCUUACCCGUCACAGGAUCCUACCUCACAGUACAGACGAAGAGGUCACCGAACACACCAGGACCCUAAUAUGGCAAUUGCUUGGAGGGUUUUUGUUCCCUGACACAAGUGGGGGAAGAAUACGAUUGUACUUUUUGGAGGUCUUGCAGGGUGACUUGGCUUUAGCCCGACGAUGGAGUUGGGGAUCAACGGUUCUCGGGUACCUCUACCAUAACUUGUGCAAUGGCGCCAAGUGGGAAACCAAACAAGUUGGCGGUUGUAUGCACUUGUUACAGAUUUGGGCUUGGUCGAGGAUUUCGAUGGUCCGUCCCUCAGUACUUUAGGUCAUUCAAAUUGACCAUCUUCCAUAUGGGUGCAGGUGGAUCGUCCCAAGUCAUAUAAGGGAUCCCCAAGACAUUGCAUACGCUUGUACCGGGAUGACCUAGACCGCAUGAGUGAGAGUCAGUUUGAUUUCACUCCCUACGCGUCCGAGAUACUCCCACCUCACAUCCUUAAUGACGCUCUGCUUUGGUCGGCUAGGGUCAUGCUCAUAUUUUGCAAUAUGGCCGAAAUGCAUUACCCCGAUCGAUUUCUUCGGCAGUUCCAUAUAAGGCAAGAUAUUCCGAAUGCUCCUUUGACGGGUACUGAUAAUCACGGCAAUCGUUCCGACAUAGUAACCGCUGCCUUGGCGAUGUGGGCGGACAUACAACAUAAUAUAUACGUUCUUGAUUAUGAUCGACAUAUGUCCCUCGAAGCAACUAAUAGGUACCGAAAGUGGUACAAGAAGCAUGGUGGUUGUUAACCCUUACGAAAAAGGCUAAUCCAAAAUUAAAAGCCCAAUAAUCGAACAGCCAGGGCAACAUAUACAACCGGUCCUUAGCUUCUUCGAAUACCAUGUUCCAGAAGAAAGACGAAGAAGACGACGCUGCACUGCUGCUCUUGGUUAACUCUCGGCGUCAAACAACAUUUUAUUAACUCUCGAUGCUGCACUGCUGCUCUUCGUUUAAGAUGUGACGCCUCUUCUCUACUUUCCACACUCUACACCGCACCACUUAAUAGCCUUUGCCGCUGCUCUUCUUUAGCACUGCACGACGCACCGCUACUCUUCGUUAACACUUGACGGCUCAACGCUACUCCUUCCUAUCAGCCGACAAUCUACCAGUUCCGGAGGCUUCUUCUGCUCUACAUUAACCAGCUUUCACAGUAGGAAGAUGAAUAAGGAUCAAGAACAGAGUGGAUCAAGCAGCAAUAAGAGAAAGAAAAAGAGUAGGAAUCCCACGAGCUUAAAGGCUUUACUCCGUAGUCGUGCAGCGAAUGUAAGAUUACCUAUCGAGUUUGAUGAUCAGGGAAAACCAGUGGGUCCAAAUAAGGAUGCUUUUAAUAGUUUUGUGGCCCUCGAGGGAAGGAGGAGAGCCAGUAUAUUGUGCCCUGAAUGGGAAGCAGUUGAUGAGGGAGUUAAAAAUCAGAUUUGGGAGGCUAUUCAACUUACUUUUGAUGUCCCCAAUGAUCCUGUUUUGCGAAGAAAAUUGAUAUCAUAUGCGGGCAAUCGCUGGACAGGAUUCAAGACGUUUCUGACAACAACUUACAUAUUUGGCACUCGUUCUAAUGAGACUCCUACACAAAAGUAUCAGUGGAUAGAUUCUGAGACUUGGCAGCAAUUUGUUCAAAGUAGACAAGAUCCAAAUUUCCUGGAGCGUAGGAAAAAGGCGCAAGAAAUCCAAGCAUGCAAUCAGUGCCCCCACAUAUUGUCCCGAGGUGGAUAUGCCCUGUUAGAGAAAAUGUUAAUGGCUGAAAAAAUAAAACAGCGUGAAGAAGCCUCACAAGAUGAUCCUUCAUUGGUGCUGAAUCCUCCUUCCCCCAUAACCCGCCAUGUGAAAUGGAAAAGAGGCCGAAUUAGAAAAAAUGGAAGGUAUACUUCAAAGAGGUCUCGCCAAAUCGGAGAAAAAAUUGAUUCUUUAGUUGUUGAGGAACGAGAAGGUAUGUUUGCUCCCAGCGGUCGUAAUGAUAUUUUAACAAUGGCUACUGAACGUUUUGAGCACCCUGGGCGUGUUCGUGGUGUUGGAGCAGAGUUGGUAUUCGUGCACACUUUGGACCAUUACCACGUCAAGGUUAUAGAGCUACAGGUUUGACCCAAAAUGAUCUUGAUCGUAUCAAGAGAGAGUGGCAACAUGAGAUGCAAAUGACAAUGUCACAAGUAUUUGCUCAGCAACUUCAAGAUGAGCUUAAGAGGUUGGGAUUAAUCCAACAGAAAGAGGUACAGACAGAUGUGCAUCACACUCAUUCUCCUACACAUGUCAGUACCAAGGGCAGCAACGCUCCAGAAGAUGCCUCUCAAUCCAAUGAUGAGCUAUCCCAUCUCUAUGUCGACACCCCUUUCCAUUUAGUUGCAAGGGGAAAGGUACAUAACCUAGGUCCUACUAUACACCAUCAGCGAGUAGAAAAAAAUAUUGUCAGGGUGGAGGUGGUAGAGGUUAUAGAUGCAUCUGCAGUGGUACCAAUUCCAAGCGAGGAGGUUCAAACAGUUGGACAAGCUCCCAAUCAGUUCAUCCAAUGGCCACGAAGAUUGGUUAACCCUCACAUGAAAGAGAAGGCAUAUGGAAAGGAUGAUGAUGCCUCGCGUGAGUGCGCAAGUCCGAUAUCGCGUUUGAUGACAAUGACUACUCACCUUGGUCUACAACCUAUAGAGCUAAUCCUAAAAGAAGAAAUUAUUGGUCGUUCUGAUGUCUCUCUUUAUCUUGGCUCAGAAGAGAUAUUAGAGAUCUGUUUGGGAAAGCAAAUGCUUAGUGCAGUGGUUCUACAAGUAUGGAUCAUGCGUUUGCAUGAGUUGUGUGUUCAAAAGGAUAAUACGCAUCUCUAUGGAUUUUUUGACCCACAUACCAUUCAAGAUGUGGGGAACAAGCGUGAAGAUGUCCAAACUUACAUACUGACUCAGCUCACUGAAGGAAACAAAGAGUGUUACUUGAUACCGUAUUAUUAUCCAAAUCAUUGGCAGUUGUAUGUGUUGUGUCCAAGAAAGAAUUCAAUUGUAUUCUUGUGCUCUUUGGGAAACAAACCAAAACCAAACAUGAAGACUCUUCUAGAUUUGGCUAUGCAGGCACAUCAACUGACAAAAAAUAAAAGGAAUUCUAAACCGAAAUGGAUCAAGCCAAUGUGCCGAAUGCAAAGUGGAAGUUAUGAAUGUGGUUACUAUGUUAUGAAACAUAUGAGUACUAUUAUCUCUGCUAAUGUUGUUGAUUCAUGGAUAGAGGUAUUCAAUGUUCAAGAUCCAUUUAGUGAAGAAGAUAUCAAUCAGAUUCGAGAAGAUUGGGCAACAUUUUUCUGUGAAGCUACUAGCAUUUAGUAUUUAUUUAAUUAGAUUUAGAUGAUACUAUUUUUGGCAUGUUUAAAAGUCAUGCAAUAUUUUUGUUGGUGUAUCAACGAUAAUUUUGAAACUAUACUAUAUUUAAUAUACAAUAUUUUGCUAUA